AUGGCCAUCAUCAAGGCAUUGGCAGGUGUCUGCCUCGCGGCCACUGUGCUUGCAAGCCCAACACCAACGGAGAACGAGCCUGCAAAGAUCGAGGCACGACAAGGAACUACCAAUGCUCCCAUCACCAACCAGAACCAACUCGAUGCUGCUCUCCGAAGCCUCAGCGCCGGUGCAACUGUCGGAACGGCCAUCUUGACCAACAUCGUCCCGGCCCCAGGUCCAUCCAGUAUCCCAGAAUUCGCUGCUCAGAUUCAGAAGAUCUCUGCCACCAACCCACGAGAUAUCUUCCAAAACGGCGCUGAGAUCCUCCUCGGAGGUCUGGCUGGUCCAGGAGACUUCCUCACGAUCGCCAAAGCCUAUACUAUUGAGAGCAAUGCCAACAAUAUCAACCUGCGCCCAGCUUUCCCACCUGUCUACCCAAGAAACGGUCCAAACGAUGCGCCAUACUCUUUGAGUGAAUCGCAGCUCAGACGAGCCAUUUACAUCCCACCGGAUUACACCUAUGGCCGCAAGCCACCGGUUCUGUUCCUCCCAGGCACUGGUGCACGCGCCGGAUCUAACUUUGGUCCUAACAUCGCGAAGCUGUUCCGAGAGCAGAAUGUUGCCGAUCCGGUAUUCGUGAAUCUGCCAGCUGAGAACUUGGACGACAUUCAGAACGCCGCUGAGUAUGUCGCUUAUGCGAUCAACUACAUUUCCCGCAUCAGCGGAAACCGCAAGGUCAACACAGUCUCCUGGUCCGCCGGCUCCGUCGACGCCCAAUGGGCCCUCAAAUAUUGGCCCUCCACACGCCCCAACGUCGCCAACAAAAUCAGCAUCUCCGGCGACUACCACGGCACAAUCCUCGCCCAAAUCCUCUGUCCAGGAUUCCCAACCCCAGGUUGUGUCCCAGCCGUCGCACAACAAAACUACAACAGCACAUUCAUCAAUACCCUCCGUAACCGCGGCGGAGAUUCUGCUUACGUCCCCACAACAAACAUCUACAGCAUCUUCGACGAAAUCGUCCAACCGCAACAAGACCCAAAUGCCUCUGGCGCCCUUCUCGGAGGUCCAAAUAUCGUUUCUAAUACUGAGAUUCAAAAUGUUUGCACCGCACUUUUGCCGGGUGGAGGGCCUAACGUCAACCACGAAGGCGUACUGUACAAUUCUCUCGCAUACGCUUUGGCGAAAGAUGCAAUUGUCAAUGGCGGACCUGGAAGGUUGGAUCGCAUUGAUACAAAGCUGGCUUGCUCGCAAUUUGCUGCGCCCGGGUUGACGCUUGCGGAUAUUUUGGCGACGGAGGCUUUGAUUCCUAUUGCGGGAGCGGCGAUUGUGGCUUAUCCGGAGAAGGUUGCGAAUGAGCCGCCGAUUAGAGCGUACGCGAGGGGGGAUGUUCCUGCGGGGGCUUAA